CUGGUCUCGGAGCUCUGCUCUCUGACUGGCUAUCGCCACUGGUCCUUUGUGUCCGGCUUCCAUUCACCGCCCCCCCCCCCCCCCCCCCCCCGUUUCUACACUGUCCGUGACCAAGCCAUUAGGUUGCCAGGCGGCACCUCCCUCCUGAAUUUUUAUCUCAGACGCGGCUGUUUCUGGCCUGUCACUUCUGAGGGACUGCGGCUUUGUCCCCGCUCAGACCUUCUGCGGGAGGGUCUCACCGAGCAAUGGCUGGUGCCGGCCGCCCCCAGGAACGUUCUCGAGACCGUGCUGCUGCCGACACCCAGAGACUGUGGACAGGUGCCAGCCCGCCCCAGAAAAAGUUCACGCAGCGUUUCAGGGAUUCUGCAAAAUCACAACUCACAUCUGGAGCCAGGCUUCACCCCCAACAGCCUUGUCCCAGCACUAGCGAAUGUGGUUGUUCUCCUGGGUCCACUGGCCCCUUUGCCUUUGGGGAACCGACACAGCCUCUACCAGGUGUCCUCCCAGCAGGGGAACCGCCUCUCCCCGUGUGGCCCAAGGACCGCCUGGACUUCACUCUGCUCCUGGGGAUUUGCCUUUCCCACCAGAGCACCAACAGGUCAAAACAUAUUGAUAAAGCAAGACUUCCUGCUGAUCUCGCUUCAUCAACUCCAGCCCUCUGCUCUGGAGGUUCUGAGUCCUGUGCCCGGGAACCCAACGGGAACCGGAGGAGAAAGACGAACUCGCCCCGCCUCCCGGGAAGAUGCAGAGCCUCAGGCCUGAGCAGAUCCGGGGGUUGCUGGAGCCCGAGAGGGCCAAGACGCUGCUGCCUCGGGAGAGCAGGGCCUGGGAGAAGCACGCCACCCCCACCAAAGACUGGGUGGCUGUGGAGGUCGGGGCCACCGGCUGUGAUGGUGACGAGAAAGGUCUGUCCUCUCAAGAGACUGGGCUGGCCCAGGAGUGGACCUCGGCGGACGUAGAUGACGGGUCAGAGGACUCGCAGGGCUUUGUGGAGUGGUCAAAAGCUCCACAACAAACGACCAUAGUCUUGGUAGUGUGUGUCCUGUUUUUGUUCCUGGUUUUAACAGGGAUGCCUAUGAUGUUUCACAUUUAACUAUAAUGGUGGCUAUUGUUUUGAAAUAAAUGGCCUGCUUCUUGUUAAGGAAAUAGUUAAAAAUCAGGAAUAGUAUUGAAUAUUAGCAAAUGCCUUUUAAACAUCCAUCAAGAUGCUUUUUUUUUUUGUAUUUAACCUUUUGUUAUGAGGUUUUACAUUAUUUCAUUGAACUUAAGACAUCACUGAUUGUAAAACACAUAUUGCUUUAUAUACCACUGAGAAAGAAAAAACAUGCUUCUUAAUUGUAAGAUGCCACCAGCUGGAAGAUGUAUCCGGACUUCAGAGACGAUGAAAAAAUGUGCAAUUUAGGACUGAUGAAAUCUGUUCGAUUUCUUAAUAUCAAAUCCUCUUUGUAUUCUUAGGGUUGUGGUACACUAGUCUUUUCAGAUACUGAAUCUUAUUUCUUGAUAUUUUAUGUAUGAUUCUUCACUCUAUCUUCACAUGUAAGAUUGGUGCUAUCUUUGUCAAGUUUUGGUAACAUGGCUAGGCUUACAUCAUUGAAGGACAUAACCUUUAUUGUCUUCUAAGCUUUAGAAUAGUUUCUGUAACUUAAGUAUCACUUCCUUGACAUUUUGAAGAAAUUCACCAGUAAGGCAAUCAGGGCCUGGAGGUAUGGAGAGGGAGUUUCAGCUGAAUUCUUGGGCAGCUUUCUCAGUUUCUUCUCAUGUUACCAGUUUAUUAUAUUUCAUUAAUUUUGAUGAUUUAUAGUGUUUUUUAUGCUUAGAAAAUUCUCCAUUUCAUUGAACUUUUCAGAUUAUGAAUACCAUUCUAUAAUUAAAUGAAAAUCUUCUCUUUAUUUUGUUCUAUCUCCUUUCUUCCUUUCAACUUCUGCUUGUGGGUUUACCCAUUAGUUUUGUCAAAGUUUUAUCCAGUUUACUAUUGCUUUUCCAAAGAACCAGCAUUAGAAUUUAUGUAUAUCCAUAUUUCUCUAGUUUGUAAUUUGUUUUUCAAUAAUAUGUAUUAGGCUCAUUUUUUAUUUCUAUACCUUGUCUGUUUUUAUGUUGAAUAAUUCAUUUAUAAUCUUUUUUUUACAAAAUUAUUUGCCAAAAUAGUAUACUUCAUAAUAAAUAUACUUCUGAUUAUAGCCUUGGCCACAUUUUAAUUUGAUAAUUUGUGUUCCUGUUUGUUGUUGUCUAAAUGUUAUAUCGUAGUGUUUAUAAAGAGUGCUUUGAAACUCUGAUCAGGUUUAUUUAAAAAUAGUUUUACUGAUUUACUGCACUGUGAACAAAGAAUGUGGCCUCUAAUAUAUAUGCUUUCAAAAGCUUUUUAAAAGCUCUUACUGUGGCCUACAACGUGUCCAGUGUUUGUACAUGUUUCACGGACAUUUAAGACGAAUGUGUAUUUUCAGUCUGUAGAAUUCAGAAUUCUACAUGUCUGUUGAUGAAUUCAGUCUUAUCAAUGAUAUUGCGUAGGUUCAUAUGUUAAUUUUGCCUCACCUUAUCUGUCAAAAACCAAUAAGGUUAUGUGAAAAUCUGUUAGUAUGACUAUGUUUGUCAAUAUAUUUUGUAUAAACUUUGCUUUAUGUAUUCAGUCACUAUGUAAUUUGAUGCAUAUGAGGUACAGCACUGUUAUGUCUUUGCCAAUUAAAGGGUAUACGUACACCACCAAGCACAAUGCCGGGCAAUAGUAGCCAUGCAAUAAACAUUAGUUUAAACCUGA